GCCCGUGCACACAGCCUCUGAAAAAGCCUGAGAUUUUUUUUGCUCGCCAAUCGCGUCAAGAAUUGCCAGUGAACGCCAUACGAGAGUGGAAUCCAGUCGAGUCCCAGUUGAAAACCAAGAAAUUCCAAAAUGCAUUCGGAAAAAGUUUGUGCCGCCUUCGCGCUCCUCGCCUGCCUCGCCCUCGUCGAAGCGGCCGUCUACAGCCAGCCCGCCAUCUUUCAUCCUGCGCAUCCCGGCAAGUGCUUCGACAAGUUCACCAGGCGAGCGAUGCUGCCCGACAAGGAGUACAAGCCGAAGGGCAUCUGCGCCAGCAUGACGUGCAGCCUCGAGGCGCGGGAGAUCAGUAUCGAGACCUGUCCCUACGUCGAGGCCCCCGGCUGCGAGGAGCUGCCCGCAGACGUCAACUGGAGCUUCCCCAAGUGCUGUCCGCAGUUCAAGUGCGUCGACUUCAAGACCGGCAAGGAGUUUGUCGUCUCGCUGUAGAUGCAGCAUGUAGCAUACAGCAUACAGCAUGCCACCUGCCACCUGCCACCUUCCACCUGCCCCAGUCCCAUCCCCCAUAGUCAGUUGAAACUGAAACGUGAUUUUACAUGAAAUGUAUUCGUAGAUUCGUAGUGCCUCUGUGUGCCUGAUUUUGAGUGAGAGCGAGCCCGAGUGAAUGAUUCAUCUAACUUCUUAAUUUAUUUAUUGUAAUUUGUACAUAACACCCAAUCCAGUCCGCAUAACCCCCUUGUCGGCAUUGUCUUCAUGUUUUCAUGUGUGAACAGAAUUGUAGUUUGUUUUGAUUUAUUCAAAAGUCCCUGUAUGCGAUAUUUGCAAGUAUGACUAACUUUAAACAUAAAUUGUUUAGUUCUUAAGGUUUUAAUUAAAAUAAAAACACGUACAUAUACAUAU